CGUAAUGCUCAAGAUGGAGAGAAGGUCUUCUCUACCAGUGGAAGCAUGCCGGAGGAUAGUGGCAGGAAAGAGAAGACAGUCGAUGUGCUUGGAAUUCUCGGCGUGAUCCCGCUGCACACUACGUCCUUCCUCGUCGUCAUCACUUCGCGCUCUCACGUCACCACUCUUUUAGACUCUCCAGUAUACAUGGCGACCGAUUUCAGAGUAUUCCCCCUAUCUUCCAAGGCCGAUCGACACCACCCAAUUGACCGGACUCUGUUGGGCCUGCUCAAGUCUCACCUCUACUCUGCCCCCUUCUACUUCUCCUAUGGCUGGGACCUCACUAGCUCUCUGCAGCGCCAGGCCAGAGUGACCAAGCAGGCAGGCGAAAAGGCGGUACCGGCAUGGAAGCGGGCGGACGAGAGGUUCUUCUGGAACCACUACCUCAGUGAGCCACUCAUCGAAGCCACUAGGACUGCCGGUGGACCGGAUCUGUCGCGCUUCAUCCUUCCCUGCAUUUUUGGCUUCCUCUCCGUAAAGACAGCCACUGUCAAUGGGCAUGACUUUCUCUUCGGCCUUAUCGCCAGGCGGUCCCGCCACCGCGCCGGAACUCGAUACUUCUCGCGAGGUGUCGAUGAGGAGGGUAAUGUGAGCAACUUCAAUGAGACGGAGCAAUUUGUCAUCCUCGACCCUCCUACGUCAGACGGCGGAGCCUCCAAGGGCCACAUCCAGGGCAAGGUCAAAUACAGCUACGUCCAGACGCGAGGUAGUGUGCCGGUGCACUGGGCUGAGGUAAACAACCUACGCUACAAGCCCGAUCUGGUAGUCAUGGAGAAGGAGGAGACCAAAGAUGCUACCGCCAGGCAUUUCCGCAAUCAAGUCGACUUCUACGGCGACAACUACCUUGUCAAUCUCGUCAACCAGUCUGGGUAUGAAAAGCCAGUCAAGGAGGCCUACGAGAAGGCAGUCGAUGCUCUGAACAAUGACCGGGUUCACUACAUCUACUACGAUUUCCACCACGAGUGCAAGGGGAUGAAGUUUGAAAAGGUGUGGGACUUGGUGGAGAGACUGCAGAAGAUGGGCUUGAAGGGUGACGACUGGUUCGAGUACGAUGAGGGUAGCAAGGGAGGCAGUAUUGUCAAGGAGCAGAGCCAUGCCGUUCGCACAAACUGCAUGGACUGUCUAGACCGGACCAACGUUGUCCAGGGCACACUGGGUCGCUGGGUACUGACGUACCAGCUGAGGAAGGCGGGCAUCCUGGGAGAGGACGAGUGGAUUGAGAAGAGCGAAAAGUUCAUGUAUCUCUUCAGGAAUGUCUGGGCCGACCAUGCCGAUGGAGUCUCGCGAGCCUACUCGGGCACAGGCGCUCUCAAGACCGACUUCACCCGCACAGGCAAGCGCUCCACCGAAGGUGCGAUUCAGGACGGCGUUAAUUCCAUCACCCGUUACGUCAAGAACAACUUCUUUGACGGCCCGCGUCAAGACGCCUACGACCUCUUCACCGGUAGUUGGAAGCCAGAAAAGGGCGUGGCAGGAACUAGGCGAUCCCUCACGCUGAGGGCCAUGCCGUACAUCCUGGCCUUCUCCUUUGCCAUGGUCCUUGCCGGCCUCAUCCUCCCGCACCACGGCGAUGAGCACCACUAUCUCUCCCUCACCAGCUACCUCGCCAUCUGGUUCACCGUCCUGACCUUUUCCCUCCGCUUCAUCCUCGACCAAGGAGUAGAAUUCGUCGCGUACCCCUCCCUGCACAGGGACAAGUACGAUGAGUUGAUCAAGUACAAUGGCAAAGGAUGGAGUUCCGGACGUCAUGGACGCGGGCCGGGAGAGAAGUGGGGAGGGAAUCGCAAAGGGGGGAGGUACGUUGGCGGAGAUAUGGCCAAGGUGCCGCAAUAGACGCAGGGCCGUGCAGAGGGGCGUAGCACAGUGCGGGACCCCGCGACGAAAGAAUAGAGGACUCUGUUGUGAUGGUACGGGACACGGACUCUGCGCUACGUAAUACCAUUCUCUUGAAUUCCCGU